AUGUCUCAAUUAGUUCUCGUCGCCUCAGCAAUGUCCGCUAUGCUUAAGACUCCCGUAAAAACAUAUGAUGAAUGCGUAGCUAAUGGAUAUGAGAUUUUACCUGCACAAAUUUUGGAUAUAAAUACCGUUCAUUCCUUAUUGUUGUUUAGACUUGGAACCGAGGAAAGAAACACUGAAUCCCGUGAACCUAGUGAAAGACCCAUACAAAUUUUUGUUAUAACUCUUUCAGGAGAAAGAUAUAAUAUCACGCAGAUGCGUCUUGAAUUUGCCGGUAAACAAUUAGAUGAUCGUCGAACUCUAGCAUCUUACAAUAUCCAACAGGAUCGUAAAUAUGAUUAUGACUUCACGAAUAUGAAAGAUGAAGGUGCAACAUUCAUUCGUGGUAACUUACCAUAUAACAGACCUUAUGGAUGGAAAAGAAUAGCACUCAAUGUUUCGGUAAAGCAUGGUUCUGAUGAUAAAUGGUUAGGUUGUGUUGGAAAUAGUUCUGAUGAAUGGCCAGUCUCUUACCAUGGUACUAAUAAAGAAUAUGCUGAUUCUAUUGCCGAUAAUGGUUGCCUACUUUGUAAAGGAACAAGAUUUUUAUAUGGGGAAGGAAUUUAUUCAACUCCCAAGAUUGAAGUAGCUGAAGAUCCAUAUGCGGUUGAAUUUGAUAAUUCAGGUGCCAAAUAUAAAGUUGUUUUUCAGAACAGAGUUAACCCUGCGGGGCUAAUCAAGCACGAUGAUAUUGCAUAUUGGGUUACACCAGAUGAAAAGAAUAUUAGACCAUAUGGGUUAUGCAUAAAAAAACUUCAAUAG